CUCACUUGUUUUGUUUAUCUUUCAAAAGGACCCGCCAUAUCCGCUACAACGGCAUGAUGACCUGUUCUUGUCUGGAUUAUUAGUAAUUUGGAUAAAUACGAAAAAAUGUCGAGUCAUGUGGACAACGACGAGGGACAACCCGACAUAGGCAGUCCAGGUCGUGGCAGCGUUGAUGGUACAGAUCAUGGCAGAGUGGGUGCAGGACAAGCACACUAUGGCACUAUAUUUGAUGGCGGACAAGACGGUCGGCUGUCGGCCGAAGAAAUGGAUGAACAGCGCAAAGAGAACAUCGCAUAUGAAUACCUGUGUCAUCUGGAGGAAGCUAAGCAAUGGAUGGAAGCUUGUGUUGCAGAGGAGCUCCCUUCCACCACAGCACUCGAGAAAGGUCUCAUGAACGGGGUUUACCUCGCUAAGUUGGCACACUUUUUCUGCCCAGAGGUCGUGCCGCUCCGGAAGAUAUAUGAUCGGGAGCAGACCAGGUACAAGGCAUCCGGACUGCACUUUCGACACACAGACAACAUUGUGCACUGGCUUAAGGCAAUGGAGCGAAUAGAUUUCCCCACGAUAUUUCACCCUGAGACGACAGAUAUCUAUGACAGAAAAAACAUGCCAAGGCUGGUGUACUGCAUUCAUGCCCUCAGUUUGUACUUAUUCAAGCUUGGAAAAGCAUCCCAGAUACAAAAUCUUAUUGGCAAGGUUGAGUUUACAGAGGAGGAGAUCAGCAACAUGAGGAAAGAGCUGGACAAGUACGGCAUUCACAUGCCCGCCUUCAGCAAGAUAGGUGGCGUGCUCGCGAACGAGAUGACAGUGGACGAGGCAGCACUGCACGCGGCGGUGAUUGCCAUCAACGAGGCGUUGGAUCGGCGGGAGCCGGAGCACACGCUCAACGCUCUCAAGAAUCCGGCCGCCUACCUCGUCAGCCUCGACGCAGACAACAUGGCCACCUACCAGCAGCUGCUGUUUGCCGCCAAGCAGGAGAAAGUGCAGAACGCACUCAACAGAUCGAUCGAUCCAAACACGACCUACGAACCUGACGUGUAUGAUGAGUUGCUGACUCAGGCAGAAAUGCAGGGCUUCAUCAACAAGUCGAACUUGGAGGUGGCGCUGGAGGCGGUGAGUGCGGCGGUGGAGGCUGAGGAUGAGGAUGCACUCGUGCGAGCACUGCAGAAUCCGGUGCUGGGCCUGCGCGAAAUCAGCAAGCCAAACAGCGCCUGGUAUCUUCGUCAGCUAUUAGAGGCUCAGGAGCAGAAGAGGGUGGCAGCCAUCAACACUGCACUGGACGGUGACGACCCGGUGGCGACGGUGCAAGCUCUCAACCAGGUAGGAGCGCAGCUUCCCCACGCGCUCGAGGAGGGCGCCACCCUCUACCACUACGACCUGCGCGGCAUCAAGCAGGAGAAGCAAGCAGACCUUGAGUACGAGGAGAUCGCCGGCGGCAUCAAAGUGCUGACGGCGAUCGCUAAGAUCAACCUGGCGGUGGAAAUGCGCAACGCUGAGAUGAUGUAUGAGGCGCUGGUGGACAGACACGCCCACAUCUCCGGUCUCGAGGAGUCUCAUCAGGACAAGUACCAGGAUAGGCUGCACGCUCUCAGAGCACAGAAGAGGAGAGAUGAGAGUCCAUGCGAGUUUCUUGUACACUUUGAGAUCCAGGACGUAGUGGAAGAGGUCAACAGACAAGUGCAGGAGGAGCACGCGCGUGUGGAAGCCAUUCACAGCAUCAACGACGCGAUCGACCUGGGAGAGACGGCGGCCAUACUGGAGGCUCUACAGCUUCCCGCCGCGGGAUUGGACGGCAUCGAGGCUAAACAUGCAGAGCAGUACGCUCGCCUCCUGCUGGCCGCCAAGGAGUCGAAGGCUAUGAGUGGUGAUGAUGACAGUGAGACGAAGCUGUGGUUGGAGGACAUACAGCAUGCUGUCAGCCAGGCUAACAAGCAGGCGUGCGACGCCGACAACAUGUGCGUGAUGGUGUCAGCGGUUAACCGGGCGGUGGAGCAGCAGGACUCGCCCGCCAUGCUGGAGGCGAUGCAGCAUCCCGGCUCCCACCUACACAGCGUCGUGCCUGACUGCGCUGACUCCUACAUGCAGAAGCUGCAGGCGGCGAAGGAGACGAAGGUUGCCAGUACAGACGACGGCGCCGCCACAGACAGCCCAUGGCUCGCGAUGACCACGAAGGAAGGAAGCUACCCUUUCUACGUGAACGUCGACACAGCGGAGUGGACAUGGGAGGCCCCCGAGGGAUUCUCGCCGAGCAGCCGCCACCUAUCUCGCGAUGAGAUACAGAGCUGUGUGCUGGUGGUAACUGCGGCCCACGACAGACAGCUGCUGUUCAAGGCUAAUGAGCCCUUCGUUGUCAAGAUUCAGGCCUUGGUCAGGGGUCACCAGGCACGCAAGCAGUUCAGAGAUCGGCAGAACUUCAUGAACAAACAGCUGCCUGCGAUCGUCAACAUUCAGGCCCACUGGCGAGGUUACAAGCAGAAGAAAAAGUACAGCGAGAGGCUCGAAGAACUUGGCUCUCAUCCCGACGACGCCAUGAAGAUACAGAGCGUCAUAAGGAUGUGGCUAGCGAGGAAGCAUUAUCAACAGCGACUAAAAUAUUUCGCCGACAAUGAGAGGGAAGUGGUGAAACUGCAGGCGUGGUGGAGGUCUAACCUAGCCAGACACGACUACUCGGCGUUCACUCGUAGUGAGAAUCCUCCGUUGAACGUGGUGCGCAAGUUUGUACAUCUCCUGGAUAACAGCGAUCUUGACUACGAGGAGGAGUUGGAGUUGCAGAGAAUGAAGGAGAAAGUCGUGGCUGUCAUUCGAUCGAACCAGAAGCUGGAGCAAGACUUGAACAUGAUGGACAUCAAGAUUGGGCUGUUAGUAAGAAACAGACUCACACUACAGGACGUCGUUGCUCAUGGACGGAAAUUGAAGCAUCACAACGAGAUACGGAAGCUAGGUGAUGCCUACACCAGCGGAGGAAAGGGUGUGAAGAGCCUCAGCAAAGAAAGCAGAGAGCUGCUAGAAGCGUAUCAGCACCUGUUCUACCAGCUGCAGACGAACCCUCACUACCUGGCCAGGCUCAUCUUCGCCAUGCCGCAGAGUCGCACGACAAAGUUCAUGGAGUCUGUGAUCCUGACACUGUACAACUACGCAGGCAACCAGCGUGAGGAGUUCCUGCUCAACAAGCUGUUCAAGACAGCACUGGAAGAAGAGAUAAGAGCCAGGGUGAGCACGCCCGGUGAGAUUGUGACGGGUAACCCUAUGGUUAUACAGAUGGUACUGGGCUUCAACAGGAAGGCCAGAGGACUGAGCUCUCUUAGAGAGCCACUCAACCCACUGGUUACAAAAGUCAUCAACGACAAGACUCUUAACAUCAACACAAACCCAAUAGACGUGUACAAGCAGUGGGUUAACAAUCUGGAGUCGAAGACUGGCCAGGCUAGUGGUCUGCCGUAUGACGUCACCAUCGAGCAGGCUCUGGAGCACGAAGAGGUGCGCCAACAGAUCGAGGUUGCCAUCCGCAACCUGAAGAACAACGCAAAGGCCUUCAUACAGGCUAUCAUGCAGUCGAUGGACAAGAUACCCUAUGGGAUGAGGUAUAUUGCUAAGAUAUUGAAGGAUGCGCUGCAAGAAAAGUUCCCUGAUAGCCCAGAGAAAGAGAUCCUCAAGAUCAUCGGUAACCUGCUCUACUAUCGCUACAUCAACUCUGCCAUCGUUGCUCCGGACCAGUUCGACAUCAUUGACGUCGGGCCCGGCUCGAUGCUGACCAACGACCAGCGGCGCAACCUGGCGUCUGUCGCGAAAAUCUUGCAGUUUGCCGCCUCCAACAAAGGGUUUGGUGGUGACAGUGCCCAUCUGUCAUGUCUCAACCCUUUCAUCAAGGAGUGCCACGAGAAAUUCAAGAAGUUCUUCCGCGAGGCCUGCGUUGUGGAGGAGCCAGAACAGCACUACAACAUGGAUCACUGGGUAGAGCUGACCAUGGUCACCAAACCCACCAUCUACAUCUCUCUGCAGGAGAUGCACGAUACUCACCAGUUGCUGAUGGAACAUCAAGAUGUUGUCGCACCAGACGAGAGCGACCAACUGCACGAGCUGCUGGCUGACCUUGGCGAACCCGACCUUGACACACUGAUAGGUCAGACGGAGGGUAACGAGGCGGAGGCGCUGUCGCGUGCGCAGCUCUCCAGCACCGAGAUCCUGCUGACGCUCAGCAACAAGUUUGAGCUGCUGGAGGAGGACGUUGCGGACACGCGCGCGCUCUACCUGCGCACGAAGCGCAUGAUCGCCGACGUGAUCCGCUCACAGCAGGGAGAGAGCCUCGCAGCCGUGCUAGACACCGGCGCCACCGACUCACAGGUGAGCGAGGCAUUGAGACGCACGGGGGGAGGGCGCAUGAUCGCUGACGUGAUCCGCUCACAGCAGGGAGAGAGCCUCGCAGCCGUGCUAGACACCGGCGCCACCGACUCACAGGAGGAGGACCACGAGUCUGUGAUCAAGCUGAGAGAUAUCCAGGAUGUGAAGAACCAGGGUCGCGGCAACAAGGUGUCUAGGCAGCAGUCCAUGCUGCGUGAGAAUAGGCUUCCCCUAGACAGGAAGAAGGACAGGAUUAGGGCAAAUCUUGCAAAACUCGAGGAGGCAGGACUGGUGUCGCGUGAGAAUGGCUACCAGUCGGUCAUCAACGAUAUUGCACAGGACAUCCGCAACUGGCGGCGAUACCGGCAGCGGCGGAAGCAGGAGAUGGCGAAGAUGCGGCAGACGCUGUCGUCGCUCGAGUCGAAGGCCCAGCACAACGAGAAGCAGAUCGAUUACUACAACCAGUACGUGAAGUCGUGCCUGGACGACCUGCAGCAGCGUGGAGGCGGCAGGAAGGCACAGCGGCGCAGCUUCUUCGGAGGCAGCAAGGAUGAGACGUCUGCGCACAAGAAGCCCAGCACGGCCAAGUACACGGCGCCGAGGCUGUACGAGAAGGGAGUGCUGCUGGAGAUCGAUGGCGAACCUGCGAACAAGUUCAAGAACGUGCAGUUUGGUAUAUCGUCGACGGAGAAGCCAGGCGUGUUCGAGGUGACGGCAAAGUUUCUCGGCGUUGACAUCCAGGAGAGGGUAGAGCUGGUGUUCCAGGACUUAUUGCAGUUGCAGUAUGAAGGUGUUGCCGUCAUGAAUAUGUUCGAUAGGAGAGCCAAGGUCAAUGUCAACCUUCUGAUUUUCCUUCUUAAUCAGAAGUUUUAUGGAAAGUCGAUUGAAACUCGCCACAAAUAGUCAGAAGCCGGCCGUUUAUUUUUGAUUUCGUUCAUCUCGUGUUUAAUGAAAGCUGAUUGCAUUGUGCGUAGUUUUGUAUAUUAUGUCAUUAUGAGCGAAUUUGCGAAGGCGUUAUAUCAUGACGCGAAGCAUUCCAAGGAAUUAUUGUUCCUAUGAUUUAGUAUCCAAAUAUAGUGCUAUCUAUAUUUACCAACUUAUUAGGUGCUCGUUUUACACAUUCCAAAUAUCUGUCUAUUUUCAUAAAAUAAAUUUUUAUGAAGUUUUUCUGACCGACUGUUAUGCAUUCCAAAAAGUGUUUUUCUAACGUGUCAAGCAAAACUAAGCUUUAACUGCCGUUUAACAGAGUUUAAUACUGCAUGUAUUUUUCUGAAUAUUUAUGGACGCGAUGUUUUUCGGUGAUGAACUUCGGGAGGCAUUUCGGCGUAACUGGGAAUAGUGAUCAAUUCAUCCUGCGAACAGGGACACAUUAAUUCUGUCUGCUUGAGCUUGUUACGCCGUGCUGAGGCAAUGUUGGCUUCGAUACUGGUCUCUCCGCGGUCAGGGUCAGUGAUUUUGCAAGUAUCAUUAAAUGUUUUAUACGGCCAGAGGUGCGCGAGCAACUCUUAUCUAGGCGAACACCGCGCCAGUGGCGUAGAUCAAAUGUCGUGCCCGUUGAACAUUGAAUGUUGAGAGAUAUUGCGAGUCUAUUUCUUUUACGUUUGUAAUAAUUCUUCUACUUUUUUCUCUCGCGCGACUGUUAUUCUGUUUCCGUGCUGUGAUACCGUUAUAGAUGACUCUGCUUUUCUAUCCUUGUGUGUGUGUGUGUGUGUGUGUGUGCGCGCGUGCGUGCGUGCCUUUGUGUGUGUGUGUGAUAGGAGAGUAGCUAGAAUAGAGCCGAGACUUGACAUUCUGAUCAUGGUGGGAUUUUGCGCAGUGGUCACUGCUCUGUAUAUUUCUGAUGAAGUCGUAAUUACGUAUACAACAGUACUAGAAUGUGUCGUAGUAAAACGUGUUUCGUAAUUAAAGUUUUCAAACGUAGUUGGUCAUAUGUUUAAAAGAUGGAAUUGUAUACUGUAAUGGCAUGCAUCAGAAAUUAUCGCCUGAUCACGUUUUAUGGGGGGGGUAGUUUUGAUUUGAUUAUGAAGUUAUUGGAAAACAUUGACGUACCAUUAGAUAGUCGUGUACCAAAUCAUUUUACAAUAUAAUCACAUAGUUCAUAAAAAAUUUCCUGAUGAUUUUUAUCUCGCAAUAGUCGUGUAGCAUCCUGUUACCAUAUGUACUAGUGGUACAAAAUGUACUUUUAUAAUAAAGAUUACGAGAAGUAGAAUUUA